AUGAGUCACAUCAAUAGUUUAGAUUACGAAAUUUUUAGUGCAGUACGCUUAUGGGAAGAGUCUAUCGUGCGAAAAUUAACAAUAGUAAAAUUGAAAUUUUUAGAAAAUGGUAAAGUUCUGGAUCUUUUGGAUUUACUCUUAAAGACGGUCGGAUCGUGCUUCAUCUGGACAAUGUUCUGCUUAGCUAAAUAUCAACUUAUUCAAGAUCGAUUACGCAAAGAAGUUAAAGAAAAAAUCAAUUCAACCCCAAAGUCAAACACCUGGGAAGCUAUUUCAUCAAUGAAGUUUCUAGAUUGUGUCAUUAAAGAAUCAUUACGAUUAUAUCCUCCUGCACCCGCUGUAGAAAGAGAGUCUAUAGUGGAUGAUGUUAUUGGAGAUUAUUAUAUCCCGAAAGGAACUAAACUGUUUCUAUGUCUAGCCGUCACACACAGGCUUGAAAAAUUCUGGAAAGAUCCAUUAACAUUUAAUCCAGACCGAUUUAUGGAAGAAAAAAAUUAUGAUAAUUUCACCUUUUCGCCAUUUGGACUAGGCAGUAGCAGUUGCAUUGGGAAAAAGCUAGCUCUGAUAGAAGUUAAAGUAAUAUUUACUAUACUUGUUUCAGCUUUUCGAUUUGAAAUAUUGCCCGAAAGUGAAGAUGUUAAGCUGGCAAGAUAUACAGUAUUGCAGCCAGAUCGAGAUAUUUUUGUUAAGAUUUCGCCUAUAUAA